GGGAACGACUAAUGCGAAUGGUUGUUUAGUGGUCUUGACACAACCGCCUCUUCUCGACGGGAGCGUGACAAGGGCCAAACCAGAUCUCAUAGUAGCUCUACAAGCUUGUUGGUGACACCACAAGUACAAUCCACACAGUCCUCAAAAAUCUCUCGCCCGGAAAAGGUGGCCAGUGCUGCUAAUUGGGCUUCUUCAAGUCCUCCAUCCCCAUCGCCAUCAACCUCUAACACAAGAAAGCCACAUUUGGGUCCGUCGACUGUCGGUCAAAAACCUUUACCUGGGACCGGUCAAAUUAUGGUUAAAAGAAGUACAUAUCCCACCCCUGACCCGUCACCGAAGAGUCAAACUGCCUCCUCCCUCUCGAUGCUCGGAAGGUCCAAUACCACCACUCCGGCUGGCGACCCAGAAGUCACAAAGAAACAUAUCGACAGGGUAAACUCUAGAAUGAACCCUAUACUUGAAAGUAUUGAGGCUACAGGAUCCCGGAGCCAGCCUUUGAAUGAGGACCAAAUGGAAGUCGAUCCCCUUCCAGGAAUCUUUUGUGAUACCACAAUGAGCAGCUCUUCCACCGCCAGUGAUUCAUGGAUGGUCGGAGAAGAAAUUUCGGACAAUGAUCCGGAGGUUAUAAAUUCAAUCGAUGACCUUGAGAGGGCGUUUGAUGAUUGCCUUCCAAAUUCUUCUGAUACCAUGGAUGGCAUCGAAGGUUCAGAUAAAGAUACACUUUUAAAGCCUGAGGAUGUGGCCUCCCCCUUGCACAAACCACUGUUACACACAAGCCACAGUGUACAUGAAAGCCCAGAGACCCUUAGGGUGGGUUUGGUCGCGGCGCAAGAUCACAAGCACCCCAAGAGUGACUCUGGUAUUGGAUCAACACAGGGCUCGCCCGGCAACGCAUUUUUAUACAAAGAAUACAAAGGUCCAGACUAUGAGGGUAGUGGCCGACUGUUCUUCGGGGAACUGCCUUCAUGUGACACUGGGAACCCGGUGAAAGAAGUUUAUAGUGUUAGGGUUGAGGGUAGCGGACCUAGCAGAAACGGAUCUCCUGGCUCAUCCAGUUGCACGGUUGAGGCUUCAGAAACUAUUGCCAAUUACAAUGGCCACCACGAAUCCCCACCUCAACUUGAUGAAAUUCACACAUCAUAUGGUCCCACUGUUUUUCAUUACGGGGAACCGACGCCCCCUGGCUCAGCUAUCCGUUCACCAUCUGCCUAUUCUUUUUUCGAAGUCCGUGAUUUCCCGAAAACAAAACAAUUGUCCACACAGAGCGUUGAAGCUAUGGUCCAGUACAUCCUUAAUCCCAUUCUACUCGAUGAAGCUUUCGAAGACUUCUGGCAAUUAUGUGAGCAAGCGAAGCGUGGAAUUUUUCAAGGGAAAAUAUGCUGGUUACGUGAUUUGGAGAAGUUUCUGUUCGAUGGCAUUCCGGCCGUCCGUUCAUUGAGCUCAUACAAAGCAUUCUGCGAAACCUUUUUGAGCAAUUGCCAAAGAGCUCUUCCCUAUAUCCGAGAAUUGGACCAACAGCGGUCUUAUGACCCGGUCUACUCUUCGGCUUAUUUCAUCGAUGCCCUUCAUCGCGCAAAGGAGUCGGCGGAUGCUUGGACGGCUGAGAAAAAUAAAGUAAUGCGCAUGGCUAACUACGACAGUCAAUCAGUGAGCGAAGAGCUUGACACUUCCGGAAAUAACAAAAGUAAACUUAAAGAUUUUGUGCCACUUCCUAAUAUUAUCUCUUCCGAGGGUCGCAAAAGGAAGAUGCCUAUUGAUAUCGGCCACGAUGAAUCUCAAAUGAAAAGGGCAUUGACUCCAAACAAAGCAGCCGGAUCUGCACAACCCAGAUUGGCCAUUCAGACCACUGCCCCCCUUGGGUAUUUUGACGGUUACCAUGACGCACUGCCCUCAAGCCCCCUUCGGGUUGAAAAUAUCGGAUACCCCUUAAACCCUAGAUUUGAUUUCCCCCCAAGGGUAUUGACAGCUGCCCAAUCCGGGAAGUUCAGUGAGUACACUCAUCCAUCGUCUGAGUCGACUGCCGCAAACGCGACAGCUCUCCUCCCCUCGGAUGUCUCAGGAGAUCAUAGAGUUAUGACCAGGCACUCUAUUGGAUACCCCCAGGCUCCAACCCCAGCUGAUACCAACUACUCUGGAUCGCCAGCGGCUCCGGCAUCUUUUGAAGGACACAGUGGCAGUAGUCACGGCACCUCUAGGAGAAAAGCUUCAGUACCAGCUGGUAAGCCUGAUGAAGAAGAUGCCCCAAUUUACCGCUGCGAUCAAUGCCCCAGAGAAUUCCCUAGACCUUGCGACCUAACAAAACAUAAGAAAACCCACGAGCGCCCAUUUAAAUGUGACGAUGAGGGUUGCAAGUACCAUAUCGAAGGUUUCCCGACCAAUAAGGAGCGUGAGCGACACCAAAACGAUAUACAUGUUGCAAAUUCAAAGGAAUGGAAGUGCACAUAUUCACCAUGCGCCUACAAAAGCAAGCGCGAGAGCAAUUGCAAGCAGCACAUGGAAAAAGCGCAUGGUUACAAUUACAAGCGGAUGAAGAGGAACCCUCGGAAACGACCAGAACAAUUGACGAAGCCAGUAACCUCGGAUAAGAAGAAGCGUGGUGCCAUCAGAAAGGCGUCAGUUGCGACUUCCAGGUCUACCACAGUCUCCAAGGCAAUCAAAGCAUCACGAUCAUCUCGGCCUGAGGCACCCGAAGCCACGGCUUUGCCAGGGCAAGAUUCCAAUGUCGCUGUAACAACUGGGUUCGAUAUGUACCAAGGCUACCCUCAAUCACCGACUAUACAUGGAACAAGUGAUGAGUACCAACUCCUAGACACUGAGAUGCCUCCUACAUCAUACUUCGAUGGGUCUCCUCCAACCAAUUUUGUGCCUAGCCCCGCCGAUGCUCCAAUAGGCUACAAUCCUCCUAUGGAUGCGUACCAAGCCAACCACCCCAUGAUGGGGAAUUCUGGGUGGUUUUCGUCACAGAGUUCUAGCUUUCUGGACCCCUUUCUCUCAGAAUUUGAGCAGUCCAGCGCCCCAUACGAUGACGGUGUUGGUGACGAUGACACUGCGGACUGAUAGCGCUCAUAGCUUGGUUGCAUAUUUAAGCAGCAGAUAUAUUGACCUUCGCUCCGGCCAGGCCGUGAGAUCACGCGGAGGUCCGAAUUGCUGCCACCUUUGUCCUCCUAAGACAACCAAAACAUCUCCUAAAAAACAAAAAAUCAACAAAAAAAAAGAAGACAGACACAGUCCGGAUGCUCUUGGCGGGCUAUAAACACUUUAGUCUCGAUAGGGUUUUCCGUAAUUGGAGGUACGAGUGGAGGAAUGGGCCCUUUCCCUUGAAGGCGGGAAAGUAAGUAUGCAACAGAAAAACAACGAGUGACUCCGGAAGAGCGUAGGCUCCAUAGCGGGAGCCUUGUUGUUUUUCUGCUGAUGUUGUGUACGGGUUGCAUAUUUCCAGAUAUGUAGGGUGGCAGCCGUGUUAGGGGUGUUACAUUCUGAUUUUCAGCCUAGUAGUAGUUUCCUUCUUGCGAUGGCGGUGCGCUGGGGUAUGGGUGGUUUGGGAUCUCAUUCCUAUCAUUGGGGUUUCCAUCUUCAGUUAUUUUGACAACUCUUCUUGUUUUUUUCUUAAAA